GCUUUUAGGUAAUAUUUUCCUACUUUUAACAUUUGGUUAGCCUUUUACUAAUUAGCAGCAUUUAGCUAGUGAUUUGCUAUUUUAAGUUAGCCAGCCUUUUGCUACAUUUAGCAUUAUGCUUUUCACAUUAGUCAUUAACAAACAUUUUAGCCUUUUUUUAAAGUUUUUGCUCCUUUUUAGUUAGUAGUCCGCUUCUUUUAGCUCAGUUGUGUCCAGUUCUUGUUCCCGAGGGCCACUAUCCUGCAUGUUUCAGAGGUUUCUCAGGUCUUUAACAGGUUGAAGUCUGAUAAUACUCAUUAAUUCAAAUCAGGUGUGUCCAACCAGGAAGACAUGCACAACAUUCAGGAUAGCGGCCCCUUGAAUAAGACUAGACCCCACUCUUUUAGCUUUUAGAGUUCUGCUCCUUUUUAUUUUAGCAACUCAGUUUCAGCUUCUUCAGCAAAUAUAGGCAGUCAUUCAUACUCAGCUUUAACACCGCAUUUUUCACAGAAACUGCAAUUUCUUUGGUUUAACUUUGUCACAGCACAGGCACGUAAGAAAACAAAAACAAAUCAGUUCCCCAAUUAACCCGUGCUGACAAUGUCCCUUGAGCCAGACUCCCGUGGCAAAAUGCCACAAAGGCUCACAGCCCAACUUGCUACAAAAGCUUUCACUGAGCGACAUGGAGGUAAUCCAUCUUUCCUUGAUUCGCAGACCAGCACACAAAAGCCGCCGGCUGAUAGUAGCACUGUGGGGUGUAAUGGUGCUGUCAGAGGCUCCAAAAGAGAAGCCUCCCGCCUCCUUUUCGUGCACCUCUCCCUCCCUCGUCUCRCUCUGUCUCUAUACCCCCAGCUCAGAUGAGAACAGGUCCCCACAGAGGAUACCAGCGUCUCAUUGGUUGGUGUUUCACAGGAGCGGAUGGUGGGGAGAGAGAGAGAGAGAGUCGCGAGGAGGGCGAGAAAGCUCAAGAAGAUGCAACUACUCUGCCACAGCAUCCUCACAGAUCACUGAGCUGAGGGAUGUUGGAGGUGUAAAACAUGUUUGUGGCUCCUCUGAUGAAUGGAAAACUGCAGGAUUACAGGAUAACUUCUUCCACAGAGCUGCUGGGAUCGGCUUCUUGACUGAAAGCUGCAGAUAAGCAGCAUCUGGGCUGAGGGAGUUUAUGUCACCUGGACUGAACAUCUGCUUCUCCACUUCUACUCAUCAAGUCCAAACCUGAACCUCUGGAUUGUUCCUCACAGGAUGCACCGUUGACCUGCAGAGAGGCAUCACUCUUUGGAAAGUUGGUUGCGUUCGGUACAAAGAUGUGCUCCUACAUCCAGCGCUGGAUUGUCUCCCUCAAAAUGUCCUACCGCUGUUGAGACAUCCGUCCAACAAGGUUUCUGCUUCGCUUCUGGGAUGGUGUGACGUCCAGCCAGCUGUUGGCUGCCCCACAUCUGGGUCAACAUGCCUGUGAUGAAGGGCCUCCUGGCCCCUCAGAACACCUUCCUGGACACCAUCGCCACUCGCUUCGACGGCACACACAGUAACUUCCUGCUGGGUAACGCCCAGGGCCACCGUGGCUACCCCAUUGUUUACUGCUCCGACGGCUUCUGCGAGCUGACCGGCUUCACCCGGACCGAGGUGAUGCAAAAGAACUGCACCUGCCACUUCCUCUACGGGGACGACACCAACGAGCACGUGGCCCAGCAGAUAGAGAAGGCUCUGGAGGGCCGAGAGGAGUACCAGGCUGAGGUCCACUUUUACAAAAAGAACGGUGUGGCCUUCUGGUGUUUCUUGGACAUUGUGCCCAUAAAAAAUGAAAAGGGGGAGAUGGUUCUUUUCCUUUUCUCAUUCAAGGACAUCACUGACACCUAUGGAAGAGGACAUCACAGCAGCAAGAGGGAAGAAGACAGGAGGUGCAGGAGGAAGACCAGYUCUCGCUUUAGUCAUGCAAGGAAACACGGACACACUGUGUUGUACCAGCUGACCAGCCAGUUCUCCAGAGGUGGCAAACAGGACGACAACAUGGGUGAAAACACGAACGACAAGCCUUCAGUACCAGAGUACAAGAUGGCAGAGGUGCAGARGUCACGCUUCGUUCUGCUCCACUACAGUAUAUCAAAGAGUCUGUGGGAUUGGCUCAUCCUACUGGCGACCUUCUACGUGGCUGUCUCUGUGCCCUACAACGUCAGCUUCUGGCAGUACGAUGACUCYGGCACUUCUGAACGUGCCACCAUCGUGAGUGAUAUCCUGGUGGAAGUGCUGUUUAUUAUAGACAUUAUCCUGAACUUCUGUACCACCUAUGUGAGCAAGUCAGGUCAGGUGGUGUAUGAGCCACGCUCCAUUUGCAUUCACUACGUCACCACAUGGUUCUUUGUGGACUUGGUGGCUGCCUUGCCCUUUGACCUAUUGUAUGUCUUCAAUAUCACUGUGACCUCCAUGGUCCACUUGCUUAAGACGGUACGCCUCCUGCGUUUUCUUCGACUUGUUCACAGGCUCGAYCGCUACUCUCAGUACAGCGCCGUAGUGCUGACACUGCUGAUGUGCACCUUUGCCCUGGUGGCUCACUGGAUGGCCUGCAUCUGGUACCUUAUUGGACACAACGAGCUAGCAACCAGUACCAAGUGGAAAGUGGGCUGGCUUCAUGAGCUGGGCAGACGUCUGGACACUCCAUACAUUAACAACACGGUGGGCGGCCCGACAGUCCGCAGCUCUUACAUCGCCGCCCUGUACUUCACCCUCAGCAGCCUGACCAGUGUGGGCUUCGGAAAUGUCAGUGCCAACACYGAUGGGGAGAAGAUCUUUUCCAUCUGCAUCAUGCUGGUUGGUGCGAUGAUGCACGCUGUCAUCUUUGGGAAUGUGACAGCCAUCAUCCAGCGCAUGUACUCUCGCCGUUCUCUCUACUACACGCGCAUGUCAGACCUGAAGGACUUCAUCCGUGUUCACCAUCUGCCCCAGCAGCUUAAACAACGCAUGCUGGAGUACUUUCAAACCACAUGGUCUGUCAACAACGGUAUAGAUGCCAGUGAGCUCCUCCAUGACUUUCCUGAUGAGCUACGGGCCGACAUCGGUAUGCAUCUGAAUAAGGACAUCCUUCAGCUGCCAGUCUUUAACGGGGCCAGUCGUGGCUGCCUGCGCUCACUCUCCCUUCAUAUUAAAACCUCUUUCUGCGUACCUGGGGAGUACCUGAUCCGUCAGGGCGAUGCGCUGCAUGCCAAUUACUUUGUCUGCUCCGGCUCCCUAGAAGUGCUGAAAGACGGCAUGGUGCUGGCUAUCUUAGGGAAAGGGGACUUAAUCGGGUCUGAUCUGCCUGGAACUGACCAGGUGAUCAAGACCAAUGCUGAUGUGAAAGCGCUCACCUACUGUGACCUGCAGUACAUCAGCCUGCGCGGCCUGAGAGAGGUGCUGGAACUCUAUCCUGAGUAUGCCAACGUGUUCGCCUCCGACAUCCACAACAACCUCACCUAUAACCUACGGAAAGGCAGCCAGGAGGAGGGUCUCAACAGAAUUACCAGGUCACCCAGACUUCCCCACCAGGAGCCCAAUCUUCCCUCAAUCGUGGAGAUCAGGAAUGAUGACCCCGAUGAACCCUUCCACCCGUCUCCAGCCACCCGCUCCCGUCGUAACCUCCUCCUCCCAAACUUCACCAGUCCUGUUCGCCGUACCUCGCUGGGGAACCUGCUGGGGGACGAACUGCGGCAGUUCAGUGCCCUGCGACGGUGCCUUUCUCCAAACCUCAGCCGCAGCUUCCUGGGGCAGACCUCGUCCUCUCAGCCAGCGCUGAAAAAAGAGCGCAGUUCUCCUGCGUUAGCCCGCUCUCGGGCCUCGACCUCAGCCCAAAAUGAAUCGUCAGCUGAGCAAAAGCCUUCCACGCUGYUCAUCCCGACGAUCACCUGCUUCGCACCACCAGAUCUUAGCCCCAGGGUUGUUGAUGGCACUGAAGACAACGGGCACAAGUUCAACUUCAGCGUGGAGCGCUGCCCCUCUAACACCGACACAAGUGGCAACACCCUAGAGUCUACUCGAGCUAAUGCCACCCUGCUGCUUGAGACACAGGAGGUCAAGCAAGGCUUAAACCAACUAAACCUGAAGGUGGCUACACUGCAUCAAGAAGUAUCAGAGCUYACCAAGGGCCUGCACCACAUGAUGAGCCUCCUCCAGACUCACAUAUCUGUAAAUCAUAGCAAGGCCUCGUUUCCCUCCUGCGUUCCAACAGUCUUCAACACCGGCAUGCCGGUAGAUCCCACUUCAGCCUUCUGCCUCCAUGCCAGUCCUGGGAGCCACAAAGCCCACAACCAAAGUUCAACUGCCCAGUGGAGCUGCAGUGAAGCAGCUAAAUCCCAAACCGAGAGCCGCCAGUCUUCAAGUCUUCCCACUAACUCUUGUUUUUCUUUAAGCUCUGCACCUAAUUUAGGUCUGUGUCACAGCUCUGAGAGCAUGACUUCUCCCCCGUGGACCAGCUCGUCUCCUCUCACUCCAUACUACUGUGGUGGACUAGCGCCUCACGGGAGGCAUGAAGACUCCAGACCUCUCAGUGCUAGUCCAUCCUCUGUCAGCCAGUCUCAUCCCACGUUGUGCCUGCAGCCUCCCAGUGAUGGCGAUGAACUGAAYUGCCUUUUGUCCGGCGCUGCAACAGGUUCAUCUACACACAGCCCGCUGGACGCCCSGAGCAGCUCCCAUUCCCAUUUCGGCGUUUCGCAAACCUCAAACGAGGACAUUCACCCGCUGAGUCGGGAUGCAUCAAUCUUCCAAAUGAACACCUUCAUCCGCCCUCUUUCUUCUUCAUCUACUUUACUUUGCAAGCCAGCUGCCUCUUCUUUUGAUGCAGGAUCGAUACAACUGGACGUUUUACAGCCCAGUSUCCCCCUGGGCAGUCCGCCUGCCUCCGAGCGCACCAGUCUGGACUGUCUACUGGGAAACAGAGAAUCUACAGGAAGCAGGGACGGUGCAUCAUCGCGAAGGUCCAGCAUCGGUGUUCAGCCUCAGAGCACCGACCAGUCCUGGUGCCUGGACUUCACAGACUGAAGUCUCCGUGUUUUGUGGGCAGACUGUUUUAAGCAACAUCCAGCAACAYAGUCAGUUACUGACAUGCAACUUUUUACAGUGUUUUAAAAAUCUCAGUUGGAGAUCGUUAAUAUGUUUUGUUUUAAUCUCUUAAUAUUCAAGCUCCUAUUCAGUCAUUUUCUAUGCAAAAAGCAUGUUUUGUGCGUUCUAUUGGCUUUACUGAGGUGUGUCUUUAACACAAAGCUCCACAGCGGGGGCUGCAGUAUACGUUGUACUUUUUUCCAACAUCUUUGGAGAAUUUUGCCAUUUAAUACCUGUUACCUCUCUUGCAUGGUAAAGUCAUUCAAACUUUUUUUCCUAAGGAAAAGGUUUCCAAAAUUAAUGUGUAAGCAUUCUACGUAACAACCUGCUGAUUGUGCACACAGAUACUGUAUUUAUAUGAAGGAUGCUUCAAAGAUGUUGGAUUUUUUUUAACAUAGAGAAGAAUAAAAAUGACACACGUCUCACUUUGCAUGUAUGAGUAUGUGCACCUUACUGUACAGGUUUUUUAUUGAAUGUCUUUCUCAGUUCAGCUAUUUUAUUUAUGAAUUUUUAACCGUUUGGACUACUUUCACGCCUAAUAGAAUCUAUACAACAAAUCUGCCGUUUUGAGACAUUUAGCAAACUUUGUCACCAACUGAUUUACAUCCUUUAUAAAAAUGAUUCACACUUAAUGAAUGUUGGUUAGUUCAAAUGAAAUAGAAAAAACAGAAGCAGCGAACAAAGAAGGCGACUGUCCUCACCAAUCUGUUUUUCAGAAUAUUCAAUAAUUAUUUUAUUGGUUUUUAAGGGAUUUAUGCUCAUACAUUAUUCGGAAUAUUCAAGAGUUUUAUUCUUUUACAAUGAUUUCUCUGUGGCUGACAGAAUAAAAAUGUAGAACAUACA